AUGUCAGAGCCAAACACCAACAACAGCUACUACAACUUCCUCAUGGUGCCGGCGGAGGCGGCCAUAGCAAGGAACAUGGUCGGGCCACCGCCGGCGGCAGAGGCCGUCCCUACCAGGACGUUUCCUUGCGCCUACUGCUCCCGACGCUUCAGCACUUCCCAGGCCCUCGGAGGUCACCAGAACGCCCACAAGAAGGAGCGCGCCGCCGCGGCACGCAAGCCCGCACCCGCCGCCGCCUCCUACACCAUGUCCGAACUCACACAACGCCCGUCUCCCCUGCCUGUGUUCCUCCAACCCGCCCUGACAAGCCACGGCGGUGGCUUCGCCUACGUCUACGGCCUCGCACCACAACCUCCCGUCGCCACCACCCCGGCCUCCUCCGGCGCCCCUGAGGCCACCACCACCACCACUGACCUCGACCUCUCUCUGCACCUGUAG